AUGAGGAAGUGGUGGCUGUUGCUGUUGUUGUUGUUCCUGGUUUCAAAUGAUGUAUUUUGCUCUAGCUCCAAACUCGCAGACGAUGCUGGCGCCUUGCUUGCAUUCAAAUCGAAAGCUGAUGUAAACAAGAACCUCCACUUUAAGGGUCUCCGUAUGUGUUUGUGGGAAGGUGUGGAAUGCAACGGACUCAAAGUGGUACAUCUCGUUCUGCAAGGUUUAGAUCUCGGUGGCGUAUUCGCUCCAAACACAUUGUCUCUUCUUGACCAACUCAGAGUCCUUAGUUUGCAGAACAACUCCUUAACAGGACCCAUACCUGACCUCUCUGGUCUCUUCAAUCUCAAAAGCCUCUUCCUUGACAACAACCACUUCACCGGUUCUCUCCCUCCUUCACUCUUCUCCCUUCACAGGCUUCGAACCUUGGAUUUCUCUCACAACAAUCUCUCUGGACCCAUCCCCACUGGCUUCAUCAAACUAGAUCGCCUCUACUAUCUCCGUUUAAGUUGGAACACAUUCAAUGGAACCAUCCCUCCUUUUAACCAGUCCUCUCUCCGAACCCUCGACCUCUCCGGCAACAACCUCACCGGUCCCAUUCCCGUUACCCCGGCACUCUUCCGUUUUGAGCCCUCAUCCUUCUCUUCCAACCCAGGUCUCUGCGGUGAGAUCAUCCACAAAGAAUGCCACCCCACCGCGCCUUUCUUCAGACCCACAUCGCCGCCGACGGCGGGGCUCGGCCAGAGCGCGAAAGUCCACGGCUUUUUCCGGCAGCCGUACGAGAAAAAGCGCGACCGGAGGGCGGUGAUUAUCGGGUUCUCAACCGGAGUAUUCGUUCUGAUCGGUUCGCUGUUGUGCUUCGUGGUGGCCAUAAAGAAACAGAGAAACAAGAAAGAAGGUGGUUCGAGUAUAAUAAUGGCUUCGGAUGCGGCGGCGACGGCAGAAGCUGCGGCUGCGAUGCAAAUGGAGCAAGAGAGGGAGUUGGAGGAGAAGGUGAAGAGAGCGCAAGUGGCAAAGAGUGGGAGUUUGGUAUUCUGUGCGGGGGAGGCACAGGUGUAUACCCUGGACCAGUUGAUGAAGGGUUCAGCUGAGCUAUUGGGCAGAGGGUGUUUGGGAACAACGUAUAAGGCGGUGCUUGAUAACCGUCUGAUCGUGACGGUGAAAAGGCUUGAUGCUGGGAAAAUGGCAGCUUCAGUCGCAACCAAGGAAGUGUUCGAGCGUCACAUGGAAUCCGUGGGUGGCCUUCGCCAUCCCAAUUUGGUUCCCCUCAGGGCUUAUUUUCAGGCCAAACAAGAAAGACUCAUUAUCUACGAUUACCAGCCUAAUGGAAGUCUCUUCUCCCUCAUACACGGUUCCAGAUCUAGCAGGGCAAGGCCAUUGCACUGGACAUCAUGCUUAAAAAUAGCAGAGGACGUAGCACAAGGACUAUCCUACAUUCACCAGGCAUGGAGAUUGGUCCAUGGCAAUCUCAAGUCCUCCAAUGUUCUCCUCGGACCCGAUUUCGAGGCAUGCAUCACAGACUACUGUCUAUCCGUGUUGACCAACCCAUCUAGCUAUGAUGAAGUUAGUGAUUCUGCAGCCUAUAGAGCACCAGAGACUCGCAAUCCAAAUCACCAGCCAACCCCAAAAUCUGAUGUUUAUGCAUAUGGGAUUUUGUUGCUAGAGCUUCUGACGGGGAAAACUCCUUCUGAGCUACCAUUUUUGGUUCCGGGUGAUAUGUCAAGUUGGGUGAGGUCCAUCAGGAAUGACAAUGGGAAUGAAGAUAGCCGAAUGGAUAUGCUUCUUCAGGUGGCUACAACUUGUAGCUUAACUUCACCUGAGCAAAGACCCACUAUGUGGCAGGUCUUGAAAAUGUUGCAGGAAAUCAAAGAGAUUGUGCUGUUGGAGGAUGGUGAAUUCGACCUGCGCAAUAGUGAUGCCAUGCCUUAA